AUGUUCUCUUUGAUAAAUGUCUAUCAUGUCUUUGAGGCAACAGUGCCACUGUAUACAACUAUGAUUCUAGCUUACCUAUGUAUAAAAUGGUGUAAUCUCUUCACCCCUGAACAGUGCUCAGGAAUCAACAAAUUCGUGGCAAAAAUUUCGGUCCCUCUACUGUCUUUUCAAGUCAUCUCCGCCAACAAUCCUUACCAGAUGAACAUUAAGCUUCUAUUGUCCGAUAUGUUACAAAAAUUGUUCGCACUUUUGGCAUUUGCAGUUCUCAGUAAAGCACUCUGCAGAAAUGCUUUUGACUGGUUGAUUACUGGGUUUUCUUUGUCCACAUUGCCAAAUACGUUGAUUGUGGGUAUACCAUUAAUUAAAGGAAUGUAUGGGGAUGAAGCCGUAAAAUUUCUGAGUCAGAUAGUUGUGUUACAAAGUGUAGUGUGGUACACCCUUUUAUUAUGUUUGUUUGAGUUCCGGGCUGCCAAGGUGAUUGCAGCAGCAACUCCAACUCGAAAUACAGAUACUCCUGAACAAAUACAACCAAGACACCAAGGAGAAGAAGAAGAAGAAGAAGAAGAAGAAGAAGAAGAAAAAGAUCUACCCAUAAGGUAUUCUAGAGCUCUAUUCUUUUUAUUACUGGCAGGGAGGAAACUGAUGAUUAAUCCCAACACUUAUGCAAGUCUUGCCGGUCUGCUGUGGGCAUUGAUCAGUUUCAGAUGGGGGAUAAAGCUACCGUCGAUAAUUAGUAGCUGCAUAACAAUACUCUCUGAUGGGGGGCUUGGUAUGGCAAUGUUCAGCCUAGGCCUUUUUACGGCAUCACAGUCCAACAUAAUAGCCUGUGGGACCUGGAUGAUGAUCUUGUCCAUGGGUAUCAGGUUCAUUGUAGGACCAGCCCUAAUGGCAAUGUCUUCCUAUGCUAUUGGAAUGAGGGGUAUAUUGUUAAAAGUUGCCAUUGUUCAGGCAGCUCUUCCGCAAGGAAUUGUGCCAUUUGUUUUUGCAAAAGAGUAUGGUGUACAACCAGAUAUUAUGAGCACCGGGGUAAUCAUUGGCAUGGUUGUAGCAGUCCCAGUAGCACUGGCAUACAACUUCCUCCUUGAUACCAAAUAAACUACUUUACAUGAAUG